CGCUCCCGGCGCCCCGGCCGGCGAGGGGGCCGCGGCCCUGCAUGGCGCUGAGAUGGCGGGGGCGCCGCGCGGCCCGGGCGGCGGCGAGGCGGGCGAGGCGGGCGAGGCGGGCGAGUCGGGGGGCGCGGGCCGGGCGGCGGGGCGCGGGCUGCGGGCGUGCGCUGCCGAGUUCGCCAGCCCCGAGCUGGAGGCGCUGUUCCGGGGCUAUGCGCUGCGGUUGGAGCAGGCGGCCGCGCUCAGGGCGCUGGCGGUGCUGAGCCUGCUGGCGGGCGCGUUGGCGCUGGGCGAGCUGCUGGGCGCGCCGGGGCCCGCGGGCGGCCUGGCGCGGGGCUCGCACCCCGUGCACUUCGUGCUCUUCCUGGCGCUGCUAGUGCUCACCAACGUGCGCUCGCUGCGGGCUCCGCAGCUGCAGCAGCUCGGCCAACUGGCGCUGCUCUUCAGCCUCACUUUCGCACUGCUGUGCUGCCCGUUGGCGCUUGGCGGACCCGCGGGGUCCCGGGCCGGGGCGGCUGCCGGCCCGGCCGCUGAGCAGGGCGUGUGGCAGCUCCUGCUGGUCACCUUCGUGUCCUACGCGCUGCUGCCUGUGCGCAGCCUGCUGGCGGUCGGCUUCGGGCUGGUGGUGGCCGCCUCGCACCUGCUGGUUACCGCCACCCUGGUCCCGGCCAAGUGGCCUCGGCUCUGGAGGACGCUUGGUGCCAACGCCCUGCUCUUUGUGGGAGUGAACAUGUACGGGGUGUUUGUGAGAAUCCUGGCUGAGCGCUCCCAGAGGAAGGCAUUCCUGCAAGCCCGUGUCUGCAUUGAGGACCGGCUGAGGCUGGAGGACGAGAACGAGAAGCAGGAGCGGCUGCUCAUGAGCCUGCUGCCCCGGAAUGUCGCCAUGGAGAUGAAGGAGGACUUCUUGAAACCUCCAGAGAGGAUCUUCCACAAGAUCUACAUUCAGCGGCAUGACAAUGUGAGCAUCCUCUUUGCUGACAUCGUGGGCUUCACGGGCCUGGCCUCACAGUGCACUGCCCAGGAGCUGGUCAAACUCCUCAACGAGCUCUUCGGCAAGUUUGAUGAGCUGGCCACGGAGAACCACUGCCGCCGCAUCAAGAUCCUGGGCGACUGCUACUACUGCGUGUCAGGCCUCACGCAGCCCAAAGCUGACCAUGCCCACUGCUGCGUGGAGAUGGGCCUGGACAUGAUUGACACCAUCACGUCCGUGGCCGAGGCCACCGAGGUGGACCUGAACAUGCGUGUGGGGCUGCACACGGGCAGGGUCCUCUGCGGUGUCCUGGGGCUGCGCAAGUGGCAGUACGACGUGUGGUCCAACGACGUGACCCUGGCCAACGUCAUGGAAGCCGCUGGCCUGCCAGGGAAGGUUCAUAUCACCAAGAGCACCCUGACAUGUUUGAAUGGUGACUACGAGGUGGAGCCAGGUCAUGGGCAUGAGAGGAACAGUUUUUUGAAGACGCAUAACAUUGAGACCUUUUUUAUUGUGCCAUCACAUCGGCGAAAGAUAUUUCCAGGGCUGAUUCUCUCGGACAUAAAGCCAGCCAAGAGGAUGAAGUUCAAGACGGUCUGCUACCUGUUGGUACAGCUCAUGCACUGUCGGAAGAUGUUCAAGGCUGAGAUCCCCUUCUCCAAUGUCAUGACGUGUGAGGAUGACAAGCGGAGGGCAUUGAGAACAGCCUCUGAAAAGCUCAGAAACCGCUCGUCUUUCUCGACAAACCUUGUCUACACCACCCCUGGCACACGUGUCAACAGGUACAUUGGCCGCCUCCUGGAAGCCCGCCAGCCUGAGCUAGAGAUGGCCGACCUGAACUUCUUCACCCUGAAGUACAAGCAGGCCGAGCGGGAACGCAAGUACCACCAACUUCAGGACGAGUACUUCACCACUGCUGUUGUGCUGGCCCUCAUCCUGGCCGCCUUGUUUGGCUUCAUCUACCUUCUGGUCAUCCCACAGAGUAUACCCCUCCUGCUUCUGCUGGUGUUCUGCCUCUGCUUCCUGGGGGCCUGCGUCUUAUACCUGCACAUCGCCCGCGUCCAGUGUUUUCCAGGCUGCCUGACGAUUCAGAUCCGAACUGUCCUGUGCGUUUUCAUUGUGCUCUUGAUCUACUCUGUGGCCCAAGGCUGUGUGGUGGGGUGCCUACCCUGGGCUUGGGGCUCCAGUCCCAACGGGUCCUUGGUGGUGCUGGCAUCUGGCGUCAGGAAGCCGGUGCUGCCCACCAUGCCCUGCGAGUCAGCACCCCAUGCCCUGCUGUGCGGCCUGGUGGGCACCCUGCCCCUCGCCAUCUUCCUGCGGGUCUCCUCCCUGCCCAAGAUGAUCCUGCUCUUCGUGCUGACCAUCACCCACAUCCUGGUCCUGGAGCUCAGCGGCUACACGCAGGCCCUCGGGGGCAGCCAUGGCUCUGGGAGCAGCUUUGAGCCCAUCGCGGCCAUCCUGCUGUUCUCCUGCUCUCUGGCCCUACACGCCCGCCAGGUGGACAUCAGGCUGCGGCUGGACUUCCUCUGGGCUGUGCAGGCAGAGGAGGAGAGGGACGACAUGGAGCGCGUGAAGCUGGACAACAAGCGCAUCCUCUUCAACCUGCUGCCCGCCCAUGUGGCCCAGCACUUCCUCAUGUCUAACCCCCGCAACAUGGACCUCUACUACCAGUCAUACUCGCAGGUGGGUGUCAUGUUCGCCUCCAUCCCCAACUUCAACGACUUCUACAUCGAGCUGGAUGGCAACAACAUGGGUGUGGAAUGCCUGCGGUUGCUCAAUGAGAUUAUCGCGGACUUCGAUGAGCUGAUGGACAAAGAUUUUUACAAGGACCUGGAGAAGAUCAAGACCAUCGGCAGCACCUACAUGGCUGCUGUGGGCCUGGCGCCCAUGGCCGGGAUCAAGGCUAAGAAGUGCAUCUCCACCCACCUCAGUACGCUGGCCGACUUCGCCAUCGACAUGUUUGACGUCCUGGACGAGAUCAACUACCAGUCUUACAAUGACUUCGUACUCCGUGUGGGAAUCAACGUGGGCCCCGUGGUGGCCGGAGUGAUUGGUGCUCGCAGACCGCAGUACGACAUCUGGGGCAACACGGUCAAUGUGGCCAGCCGCAUGGACAGCACAGGGGUCCAGGGUAGAAUCCAGGUGACAGAGGAGGUCCACCGACUGCUGCACCGGGGCACCUACAGCUUCGUGUGCCGCGGCAGAGUCAGCGUCAAGGGCAAAGGCGAGAUGCUCACCUACUUCCUGGAGGGCAGGACUGAUGGCAGUGGCUCCCAGACCAGGUCCCUGAACUCAGGGCGCAAACUCUACCCUUAUGGCAGAGCUGGCUUCCACAACAGACUGCCCACAGGUCAUCCCCCUGGGUCUCCUGUGGCUGGUCUCCCCAUCAGAGCUGACCUGGGGUCUCUGCAGGGCUCCGGGGUCACCUCUGGGCCCCCCACCCAGCACCCACCUCCUGGAACAGCUGGGAAGGAGGCUUAGUGGAGGCCUUGCUGGGGGCAGAGGACAUGCAUGCUUGGGGGAGCUCUGGGGGCUCCUGCAGGGACAGCUAGACCGACAGAGCAGGGGAGGGGGCUGGCAGCUGGGCUGGGUGAGGGCUCUGUCCAGACAUGGUUGGGGGUGAUUUGGGGGAGGAGAACACCCAUUUGCACCCUUGUGUCCACAAGGCUUUUGCCGGAGCCCAGGGCACGCCAAGCUGCCUGAUGAGCCAAUUCAGCUCGGGGUGUCAGCACCUCCUUAGCUUCCAGUGAGGAAGUGCCUGGAAGUCACACCAGAGGCCUGGGACAGCAGCCCCCAGGAACUCAGAGCUGGCCUUGCUGUGGACGGUGUUGGAUAGGCAUGAUAAGCUGUCCCUGUCACCAUGGUGUGGCUGAAGGUGACUACUGUCUCUCCAGCAAAAGAGGAGUUGAUCUGAGCCAGAAGUCCAUCUUCUGGAAUUCCUGGGGCUGGGGACUAGGGAAUGACCUUGAAGCCACAUCUCCAAGUAUUAAGUGCAGCCUGAGCACUCACCUGACCCCCUGGGUGUCCUGGCUUCCACCCAAUCUUUUCUCUGCCCCCCUGGCCAGGCUGCCCAAGGGGGAAAAAGGGGUCAGCCCAUCUCCUCCUGCCUUCUGUCCUGGGUGCCCAUAUUGGCUGAGUCUGAGGACCACUGACUCUUCUGGCCAAGGGAGAGCUUAUUAGUGGAAGGUGUCACUCUGGUAGGAGUCACUCUUAGGAGGAGUUGUGUGACAUUGUGGAGCUCCUGUACAGUCAUGAGUCCCAGUGUCCCUGCUCCAAUUUGUGGGGAGGGACUGUCCACAGCUCUCUGAGCUGGGCAUCUCUCACAUGUAUCUCUCUGGUCAGGGCAGAGACCAAGGGUGUGCUGGAGGCACUGGGGGGGCAGGGCCUCAAGGAAGGGUGUGACUGAAGGAAGCCCCAGAAGUCAUUAGAGGAGGCAAACAGAGACUAGUUCUCCACUGUAGGCCAAGGGCAGUUUGAAAGCAGGGGUUGAGGGGUGGGAGGAAUGGGAGGCAUGGAAUGGGAUUGUCCAGAGGAGACCUCACAGCCGAAGGGUGAUGGCCAGCUGGCCACCGCUCUGAGUGACACCUCUGCACGCAUUUUGGAUCUCAAUGUAGGGCAGCACCAGCAUGGUCAGUGGUCAGCCCUCUGGUCACUUGUGGGCAACACAGGUCUUAGGACACAGACAACAGAGAGGCAGCCCCCUGCUGUUCCAGACACAUCCACUAUGCUGAGCCCCAUCACAACCUUGCUCUCUGGGGAAGGGCUCAGCCUCUGGGGGAACACCUAGUCAUUUCAAGGGCCUCGCGCCUGUGUGGCCCCUGCUCGUUCUUGGUUCUGUCCCCUGGGUGUACCUGCAAUUGGUCUCUGCUUCAAGUGUCCACAUAGGGCGGGGCAGGUAGGAUGGACA